GAGACGACAGCAAAAGCAAUGAACCAUUCAGCAAGCCAAACAAAGACACGUGACCGAUGGAAUGCGCGGGAAAAGUCACAUGAUCAAUGGAACAGAGCUGAUGAUGGCAGUCUUUGUCCCCAUCUGGGUUUAAAAAAUUACUCAGAUGAAAAUGAGGCGUCAUCGCCACCUGAAAUUACAUGCAGGCCACAUAGGUCAGACAAAGUAGGCUGCGAGCAAGCUUAUCAGUACUACGGGCAUCCAGGACAAGUGGAGGAAAGAAGCUGCGACGAGGUCAAUUACCCAGAUAUCUGCUCGUUCCAAGUUACAAAGUCAGGAGAACAAACAUUGUUAUGUGACGCUAGUGUCUGCGGGUCAUCACGUAUUGAAAUCGGCUCUAUCAAUCCAUAUAUGGGCAAAAUUUCUAAAUGGACGCCAAUAUCGAAUAAAAGAAUGACUAAAACCGUACAAAAUGCUGUGGAAACAAACAGGAGAAACGGGUUUGGCUUCCUGUUCUUGAGGUGUGUAAAUCUUCUCCAAGUGCUCAUCUUUCCUCCGAUGUUACAGAAACUUAAAGAUGGCAGAGAAAGACAUAACAUCAAUGUUAACGUGAUCCUUCUGGAUUCUAUAUCCAGACCACAUUUUUACAGAAGUCUUCCGAGAACUGUGGACGUUCUCCGGAAGAUUUCACGUGAUCCUAGCUUCAAGGCCACCGCCCUGGACUUUGAGCUCUUCCAGAGUGUAGGUCAGCAAACAUUUGACAACUUGAGGCCGUUUUUUUCUGGAGUCAUACAAGAUGAUAACGUUGUAACUAACACCGCAAAAACCGUUAAGGCACCUUUAGGCGUGGAGGUACUGUACGGGACUUUCAAGAGAUGGGGCUAUCAGACCCUCUUCCAAGAGGACCUUUGCUGGUUUGACCGUUGGGGAGUGGUCUUGACAGAUCUUGAAAUAAGAAGAAAACCCAGUACGGACUCAGAAUUCAUAGAAAGGUGGAAAGAAUUCCAAGAGAUAAUAAAAAAGAAACUUAUCGAUAACUUUGGCUUGAUGCAUUUCUCCGGAACAGUACUGGAAAAGUAUAAUGAAACAAACCAUUUUGAAACUCCUCCAAAAGUGUGCUUAAAUGGACAGUUCUUCAGUAAGUAUUUCAUGGAUUACCUACAAAUGGUGUACACUGCUAUCAACAAGGACUCUACGGCGAAACCGCUUAUUUCGUACAUGCAUUUCAACACUGGACAUGAAUAUACCGGCAAACGGAUAAGAAACACGGACACCAAUUUAGCGGAGUUCAUCACCAACAUGGCGGCGUUACCUGACACUCUUACAAUGAUAUUUUCUGACCACGGUAAUAAAAACACUUAUUACAGUCUACACUCAGAGGAAGGAAGAAGAGAAGUGUUUGAUCCUGUUUUUUUCAUGGUUAUUCCUGGUGGCGUUGAAAAAAUACUGGGCAAGGAAAGGAUGACUGCCUUAGUUAAAAAUCAAAGACGCCUCUUUACAUUUCUCGAUGUACACCGUACGCUUAUGAGUUUAAAGGACCCUGUUAAGAGGUUCUCCCGGAAUACUUCAUUGGCUGGUAUAUUUGCAGUCCUACCGGAAAAUCGCACAUGCGCAAACUUAAGCUUGAUGCCGCUGACCUUGUGCAAGUGCGAGGACUUUGACAGAUAUAAUUCGGUUAAAGAUAACUCAGACAGUCAUAAGUGGUUAGCGGAGUUCGCGCUUGGAACCUUAAACAAUGCCAUUCAAAAACAACAUAUGGGAGGCGAUGAUGGUGGGCAGUUAUUAUCGAUUCUAAAAGAGGGAUACGGAAAUUGCCAACGAUUGGUGGGAAAAUCGUUCACAAAUAUUGUGCAACGGGCCCAAGGAGAGUACAUCACCACCACAAUGAACAUUAACGUGAUCCCCCCACCCGGAUACAACGAGGACGAAGUUUUCAAGGUUUCUGUCAAACAGUAUGCUCAAGCGGAAGACAAAUUGUGGUUGACUAGCUUUGUGCGGGUGUCCAAGUACAGCAAGUUUGAAUCAUGCGCAGAUAAAUCGGUGGAUAUUAAACUCUGUACAUGCGUCAAACAGGAAACCACUGAACCCAUAAACAGUGGACAAAAACGUGCGAAAGAGGUCCCGAACAAAAUGUUUGCCUCAACGACUAUUGUGAAAGAUCUGCACUCAGGCUGUCUCUUAUUCUUGAGACGAAAUCAUCGAACGUUUUCUUUUGCGCUGGAAGUAACGAAUGUGUGUUUUGAUCGAACCUACAAGUUUGAGCUAUCUGGCUCGUCCGGUGAAAGAGUGUAUUCUAUAAUCUUACCAAUUUAUCUCGAAUUAGCUCCGAAAACUUUUUACUUCUUGACCUCCGUUAAUAGGCACACUUCUAAAGACAGUUACCCUCUGAAUUUUUACGCAGAUAUAAAAGUUAAAUACGCCGAUUUCGACAAGUUUAAGGAUUUGGGAAAAAUCGACGUUUCAUGAAUCUAAAAAAAUUUUUGAUGCAAAUCAACAA